UAAUCGAAUACUGUUUUGCGGGAAAUGUCAGAAUUAUGAGUUCUUCAAAUGACGAAAGUACACUGCCAUCUGCAGCCGAAUGUGACAAAAGAUGUCAGGAAUUCGCUGCAAUAACCGGUACAGAUACUGCCCUCGCAAUGUUUUAUCUACAGGACAGGGACUGGAGUUUAGAUAGAGCGCUGAAUUCCUACUUUGAAGAGGCUGGGGCAUCACAGUCGGAUGCCGUUGAGGGUUCGGUAGCUUCAAGUAACAAUAACCAAUCAAACAGUUCUGGAACCUUGGCAUCGGAUGAUCAGCCAUUUAGGAUCCGGCUGUUGUCCUGGAAUAUUGACGGGCUAGAUCGGAAAAAUCUGAGGACUCGGACAUUAGGUGUGUGUGACACUAUUAUUAAGGAAGAUCCACAUGUGGUGUUCCUGCAGGAAGUUGUUCAAGAUUUGGAGGAGAUUAUACAGGAGAAAUGCCCUAUGUAUCACAUGAUACCUGGGAAUGAUGAGGAGUAUUAUUGUGCAAUGUUGUUGAAGACAGGCCAGGUGCAGGUGGAGGAGACCAAGAUUUUACCAUUCCCUAACACCUCGAUGUUGAGAAACUUACUAGCAGUAAAGUGUACAGUGAAGGGUGAGAAGCUAUUUUUUAUGACAUCACACUUGGAAAGUACGAAGGAUUACAGCGCAGAGAGGAAGGAGCAACUGAGGCAAUGCUUAUCAUACCUGAAAAAGCGAGAGGCGGAGAGAACUGUCGUAUUCGGCGGAGACUUGAAUCUUAGAGAUAAUGAGUUAGUUGAAAUUGGUGGCCUUCCUGAAGGAGUUUUUGACAUCUGGGAAGUGACGGGGAAACGCCCAGAGGCAAAGUUUACGUGGGAUAUUCAGCGUAAUGACAAUUUGGAGUGGAGUCAUCGGUACAAGCCCAAAUGCCGCUUUGACCGUCUAUAUGUUCGCCAUUCGGAGCCGAAAGUGCUUAAACCGGAAUAUUUUGAGUUGGUUGGAUUAGAAAGACUAAAGUCAUGUCAGAGAUUCUGUAGUGAUCAUUGGGGACUGCUGACGCAUUUUAACAUUUUGUCAAAAUUGCCCAAAUAGGAUGGAGAAUUUAAUAACGUCUUAAGUUCUUAAGAAAUUACUUUUGAGAUGGACGUUUGUAGAAGAAAUGUUAAUGUAAGAAAAGGUUGUUUUAUACAAAACUGGAAUAGCAUAUAAGACGUAUUUUUCAUUAAUGUAUUAUUCUACAAAAUGGUUGUAAGUUUACGUGUGUAUGCCUUGAAUUGAACAAAAAGACUGCAUGAAGUGGUCACACUUCUAGAAACACCAUUUUCAAAGAACUGUUACCUAUCUUUGUUCUGUUGCAUUUGCAGUGAUGCCCUAGUUCUAAAAUUUCACAGAACUUAGGUUUAACAUCGUUUUCAGCAAUUUUGAAAUUUGUUUAUCUGUUCUCUUUAUGGAUGACUGAUUUUAGCUUUACUAAUAGAAGAAUACUGAGAGCUGUUCUGUUUGUGUGGGCUUCGGCAUUAGUGUCUCACCUUAGUUAAAGUGUUGCAUGCAAGUUCAUAUCUCUUAAAACCUUUGCAUGUAUUGGACUUAAACUUCAAACAAGGCUAACUGGUCGUGAUACUAAAAUGAACAAGUUAGUAAUUAUUGAUUACAUUUAACAUAAAUUAUGACCUUUUUUCAAAUUCAGAUAAAAUUUUGUGUGCAACAAACUAUCAAACUUUAUCUUAGUAACAACUGCAUGUAUUUGACUGAAACUUCCCAGACACCAGACCUACUGUAAUUACUAUGAAAGAAUAACUCUUGGUUGAAUUUAAUUCAAAUUACGGCCCUUUUUGACCUAGAAAAUUUGGUUGAAGUUUUGCAUGCAAGUUGUUAUCUGUACAUAGAUAUAAGACAGUAUAGAGAAUUUGGACAUCUUUUUAUUUUGUGGUUAAAUUUGCUUUAAAAGCAAAAAGUUUAAACGGAGAAACCAGGUACAUAGAAAAAAGGCAGUGUUGAGAAUAUGCACAUCCCUUUGUUUUGUAGAUCCUUUUAUCUGUCAGGUUGUCUCAGAAGGUCUGUGCUUCCAUAACUUACAGAAGUAGAUGAGAUCGAUGUACAGCUACAGUUACACCCUAUUAAUACUUUUUAUAUUUUUGUUGGUUGUGAGUGAUAUCAUUGAUACAUGGGAAAAUGUUAUAUUGUUUUGAUUGCCAUUUAUCUGUUUGUUUCAUGGUAUUAUGGCGGUUCAAUUUGAUUGAUUAUAGAAUAAACAAUUACAUACAAUGUA